AUGUUAAUAUCUGAGGUUAGUGCAACUUAUAACCAGAAUCAAAGAAGAGAUAAUAAAGAUGUUGUAUUUAAGGUUCAUUUUUUAUUUAACUAUUUAUAAAAGUCUGUUUAUCAAUGGAACGAUAUUGCUGUAGAGCAACUUAAGCAAUAAUUCCAUAUCCUUUAAGGAAAUUGGAAAUCUAUUAGCUAAUAAUUGAAUGGACCAAGUCCUUUAGAAUGUAUGAUAAAAUGGCAAAGCCUAAAUCCUAAACAAGUAUAUUUUUGAUAUCUUAAAAUUAAGACUCUUUCUAGAUAAUUAUGGUCAUAGGAAGAAGAUGAAUAAUUGAAGGAGCUUGUUAAGAUGUACGGAAAGAAAUGGAGUAAGAUAUGUACAGUGAUGAAUUGGAGAACAGGAAAGCAAGUUAGAGAAAGGUAUCUAAAUCAAUUAUAGAUGCACAUAAAUUAUGAAAAAUGGACAGAUUAAGAAGACAAGAUGAUUUUGAAAUUGUACAAAAAGUUUGGAACGAAAUGGAGUUACAUAUCUAGUUUACUUAAUGGAAGACCUGUAUAAAUGAAUAUUAUAAUAUUCAAUAGGAGAAUANGA